AUGUCCACAUUCUUAAAUUAUCGAGACAAAUUAAUUCUCGCUCCGAUGGUCCGGAUAGGAACCUUGCCUAUGAGACUUCUGGCCCUAGAAUAUGGCGCAGAUUUAGUUUAUUCGCCCGAGAUGGUAGAUAAAAAAAUGAUUGCGUCCGAGAGAAAAUACGAUGGUGAUUUUUUGACUUUGAUGAUAAUUACUUCAAUUAGCGAAAAAAGUGAAAUCACAUCCUUAAGUAAAAUCGAUUUCAGAGAGGACAGGAUUGGUACAGCUGAUCCUGAGCUUGCUCUUAAAGCAGCAUUAAAGAUGAAGCAGGAUGUGUCGGGCAUUGACGUUAAUUGCGGUUGCCCGAAAAAAUUUUCAAUUCAGGGUGGUAUGGGGGCAGCUUUGUUAUCGAAUCCGGACAAGUUGAAGGCCGUAAAUUUUAACAAACCUGGUGAGAAAUUGUGGACUCCCGGUGACUUGCAAAAUAAGAAUAUUGGAAAACAAGGAGGAAACCAUAGAACUUUGCAAAAUGAUAGAAUCCACGGGUGUCAACGCAAUCACGGUUCACUGCAGAGGCCGAAAGACCCAGGGCAUUGGGACAUUUUCGCGGAUAUCGUGAAAAAUAUUACAUCCAUUCCAGUCAUCGCGAAUGGAGAUGUAUUCCAACGUUCAGAUAUUGUUAAACUGAAAGAACUUUCGAACGUGAAUUCCAUAAUGAUCGCCCGUGCAGCUCAAAAUAACGUUUCAAUAUUUCGAAAGGAAGGAACAUUACCCUUGAAGGAAGUAGUGACUUCCUAUAUCAAAAAGGCGAUAGAGACGGAAAACAAUUGGGCAAACACCAAAUACACUUUAAUGCAGAUGUACGCGAAUCAUCCAAAAGAUUUGAAUCACGAAUUAUUAACACAUGCAAAAUCAUAUGAGGAACUGUGUAAAAUUUUUGAUCUUGAAUCUUAUUUACAGAAUUUCAGGUGA